CUGGGGUCUUGGGGCGGGGAAUUUGGGUUCACCAGCACCCCAGCACCCCCGUUCCGACCUCACAAACGCCACGGGGCAGGGAGCAGCCCCACGGUUCCAUCCCGCAGCAGCAUGUUCAUCUGCAUCAACCAUGGUGACAACCAGAGCUUCCUGGUCAACACCGACUGCCCCGUCCUGCUGCUGCUCUCCCACCUGAGGAGCAAGGUGGGGGUCCCCGCCACCGACGUCAUCGAUGUGUGCGACAAGCUGGGCACCCCCAAGCUGCUCUUCCAGGUCAAGACCCUACGGGAGAGGGCCAGCGAGUUCCUGCCAGCGCCCGGCACCUACUACGUGUGCAGGGUGGAGUUGGGCACCCCCGGCACCGCGCAGGAGCUGGCAUCGCGGACCUUCACGCCCCUGCUGAAGGACCCCAGCGUGGCGCUGAUCGAGGGACUGCGGCACCACGGGCAGCACACGCACAGGAGGCUCCAGCGCUCGCUGAAGGCUGCGGAGGGCAGGAGGGCGCCGGCCACCGAGGCACUGCCCGCUGGCACCUACAGCCAGGGAGCGGGCAAGGCAGCGGCACGAGGCGCGGCGCGACCCGGCGAGGAGCAGGAGGGGGCUCCCCGCAGGACCCCGCAGUCCCCGGGGGGGCGGCAGCAGCGGCCGAGGCAGCGCUGAGCCCAAUAAAGCCGCGGGGCCGCCGGCACCGGGACACCGGACCGGGACCGCGCCACGUGGCGCCCCCCGCCGGCGGGGCAGCACAAGCCAC